AUGAGUAAGGAUAGUUCGCUCAAAACUCGUCUAAAAUUGCUCGAACAAUUAGCUCUUGUGAUGCAAUAUAGACAAUUACAAGUUAACACACUUGAAGCUAUUUAUCAUGAAACAAAAGAUUUAUUAUUAGUUGAUGAAGGAAAAGAUGCCGAAGUAAGAUUGUUGAUUGCAAUUGCUGAUCGUCAAAGUGAACAGAUUGGUUUACCUCUUCGUGAUUCAUUUUUUUGCGAUAUUCGGCAGAUGGGAUUGUCCGAUUUAUCACUGGAAUGGCUAGUUGCUUUAACAAAGAAUGGUGAAGAUAUAUCUGGUUACGAAUAUGACAUCGUUGAUCUUAUUUUGGAUUGGUUAUCCGAGGUUUUGGAUAUCAGAAAAUUAGAUCACCGACUUGCAAUACGCGUUCUGCAAUUGGCUCAGCAGAUGAAUACAGGUUUUCUGCGAGAAAAAGCGCUUGACGAAAUAGUGCAUAAGAUGUCUGUUCGAAUUUGUUAUAAAGUAGAUCAUCUAACUUAUGAAUGUCUCUUAUUACUUGAUGCCAUUCUUAAAUAUGGGCACGUUCCAGAUAGUAAACUAAUUCCACUCAUUACGACGCUAUGCACAGUGAUUCCUUUUAAUCGGUUAGGUCUAACUGCUUGGGGUUUGAUGAAAGAUUUGCUUCGUUCCAGCUGUGGAUAUAAUACAUUGAGACUUCUCUUACAAAUGAUUACUUGUGCGAAGAAUUGCCCAAAGCCGAAAGUCAUUGUUGGUGCUGUUACUGCCGUCACUCUUUCACUGUGGGGAAAUCAGCGUAUUGACACAUUACGUAUUCAUCCAAGUGGAGUUCUUCCUGCGUUAGCAUCCGGAAUGGAAGCCGAUCCAAUAAUUAUGCGAGAAGUAUUUAUUAGCUUAAAACGGUUGUUAUCGAAAUAUGGUAAAGAAUUGCAGCAACUUACUUGGCAUUGUGUUAUGCAAUUAUUGAAUAAGGCGGCUGAUUUACUCAAUAAUAUGCCUUUUAGCGAUAAUCGAAAAAAUUUAUAUCAACAGCUGCAUAAACUUAUUAAAAUAAUUGAAGAAUUAUAUCGAGAAGGUGAGUUUUCUGGUUCGCCUGAGGCAGUGUUUGAUCUCAUUGAACGUUGUACCUUCGAACGGCCUCCUGAGAGUGUUGUUGCUUUAAUUGACUACAGAAUUAUGUGUAUUAGUCCAUUAACACAUCGCUGGCUUAAUAUUUUGGCUGAUCUUGUUCAGCGUUAUCUAAGAAAUGAAUGUUCAAUUGUAAGAGAGAAAGCGGUCAGUGUGAUUCACUAUAUUUUUAUUAAAUAUCAUCAUAUGUUUGAAAUAGAAAUUAUUUCUAAUCUUGUUAUACCAAUUUUAUAUAAAGUUUAUGAUGAAAAAGAUAUGACAGUACAGAAUCAAAUGAUUAACAUAUUAUUUGAUGUGGCGAAGACAAUGAGAUUGUUGGUUAGUGGUGAAACAGAUUUGUUUGCAUCAAUUAUUUCUAUAAUUCGUACUUUUCUGGAUAUUGAAUUUCAUAGAGAAGAGUGCUCUGAAAAUUUGGAAAUUGUUAUUGGUGGAGUGUGUCAAAUGCUUCAUGAACGCUUCGCACAUUUGAAAUUUGUGCAUCUUGAUUUAAUUAUUAAUUCAAUUUUCUAUGAUCCUCUUAAAAUUUAUUAUACGAAUGAAAAUGUUUGCAAAAUUGGAGUUGAAAUUCGUCAACAACUUAUCGCUGCUUUGUUAUCAAUUCUUUUUCCAAUAAUAAGAGGUAUUCUGCGUCGCUUAUGUCGAUUAUUUGAAUUUAAAGAUUUCAUAUUCAGUGCUGGUGAAGUAAGAAUGAAAAAAAUGAAGGAUGCUCUUUUAAAUUUGUUUGAGAAACGAGCUGUUCUACUUUGGGAGAAUGAUGUCGAUGUAAAAGUAGAUGCUUCGCGUAAAGCCGAUGAUAGAAGAAAUGAUGUUGAAUUAGCGAUACAUUUAUGUCCAGUGUUAAGUCGUCUUAUAAAUUAUUUAAAAGAUGAAAAUAUAUGCAAAAUUUUGGUUGAAUGUGUUGGAGCUGGAGUUCAACAGCCAAUAGUAGCAUGUAGUUUAGCGAUCCAAAUUGUACCCGACUGUAUGGUUCCCUUGGCGCGGCAAUUAAUGAAUCAUCUUACAAAAUUACAACCAACGAGCGCAAAACUUUCAAUAUCCAUACUUGAAUUAGUAUCCGAUUCUUCUUAUGUGCGUGAAUUUUAUCAAUUUUUUCAGAUGCAAGAUUUCGAAACCAUUGUUGAUAUAUUAGCACCAUGUACCAAUGUACAUCGAUUUAAUACUUACAUUAUUGCUGUCGCGUUUCGCACUUUAAUGCGAUGGUACGUUCUUAUACCCGAAAAUUAUCGUUUACGAAUGGCUGAAUACAUUAUCAACAGGGUGGAUCUGCAUUUGUUGUCGCAUAUUAUUCCGUUGAAUGAUUUAGUGCAACUUGCUAAUUUGGAAGGACGGUCAUCUGUUUCCUCAAUUUCUACAUUUGGUUCACAGCCUGAUUCACCAUCACUAAGUUCUGUGCUUCAUACUCUUCCCUCAAACCGUAAUAGUAAUUAUUAUGGAACAGUUGAAGCUUCUCAACGAGAAUCGUUGGCAGAAGAAGCUCGUCAAGCAUUGCUUACUUUUAUGCAACGUUGCAAAAGCGAUUCUGUAGAUAAAACUAUUCACCCAGCUGACUUAACUGAAAUGACUGAAUAUAGAACGGAACAUUGGGUUAUUAAUGAUACUAUUAUAUCUUUGUCAGUAUAUCUUGAUAAUAAGCCUUGGAAAGAAUCUGAUUCAUCAGAAAGUGAAAGAAAUAUUCAGCUAAAUGAAGAAUUUACGGCAGAAGGAAGACGUCGCCAUCAAUCUGCAGUACAGAGACCUGAAAAGUAUGUUGUGAAGCCACUUUGUCCAACUACAUUAGAUGAUUCUUUUACAAUGAAGCGUCAAGCACCGAAGCGUCAAAUUCAAACACUUGCAGUUUGGACACAAUUAACCAUACGUCAUAUAUAUGGAAAACAUUCUUGGUUGAUGCGUGGUCUUAUUGAGACACUUGAAGAUUUUAAUGCAAGUGCACAACUUUUGAACAUUGAGGAUUCAAGCGAACUCAUAAUGCAUUUGUGUAGAGGUGGUAAUGCGGUUAAAAUAACUUCAACAGAUAAAGCAAAAAUUUCGAGAUCAUUGCGAAAUCUGGACAGAAUAUUUGCACUUGAAGUGCACUGUGUUGGAAUUGUUUAUAUUGCACCUGGUCAAACCAAGGAAUCUGAGAUUCUUAGCAAUUUAUAUGGAUCUGAACGAUAUUCAUCAUUUAUAAGAAUGUUAGGUGAGCCUAUUUCGCUGGAAAUUCAUCCUGGUGGUUUGGUUCCUGAAAUACACGGGAAUUUCACCUAUAGAUAUACGGAUGCUUUAUCGCAGCUGAUUUUUCAUAUAGCAACUUUAAUGCCAAGAAGAGAAGAUGAUCCCCAGUGUAAUCAAAAAAAGAAAUUCAUUGGCAAUGACUACGUUUCAAUCAUCUACAAUGAUAGUGGAAAAAGUUAUGAAUUGGGUACAAUAAGUGGCAAAUUUGCUUAUGUUGCAUUAGAAGUUGUGCCGCUGGAUGAAUCGCAUAUGCAAAUCGUAAUUCAUACUCGCCAAGAAAUCGCUUCCUGGCUCUCAAUAACGCGUGCGUUUUUGCCUGAUGAACAAGCAGCUAAUUUCUUAAAAUGUUUAAUAUUACGAAGUCAGUUAUCUGUUAACGUAUGGAGGCGUGAAGAUGAAAAUGGACCCCCAUAUAUUGGUUUACCUGUUGAACGAAUGAGAGCUAUACGAAAUUUCGCCACGAUGGGUACAAAACAAAUUUGA